AAGUUCAACUUUUUCUUAUAAAUGAUAACGUUGAAACAAAAAGAUUUUCUUUAAAAUUAUUAUGAUGCAAUCAUCAAAUUUAAAUAGUCUCAUUGCUGAAGAAGAAGACAAUGUUCAAAAACUUGUUUUAAAAAACUAUAUUCCGACAUUAAUUAUUAUCAGUUGUUUUCUUGUAUGCAUAAGUAUAUUUGGAUUAAUUGGUAAUUGGUUAGUAGUACAUACAAUUGGUCGUCACAUAUUUAGAAGAUUCUUCAAGUUAUUAGAAAACUGUCUACUCAUUCUUUGUAAUUGUUCAAGAUGUAAAACUCAACCAGAAAACCCUAUACAAAACCAAAAACGGUCCCAGUACCGACCGGAUAUUUGUCAACAGCGAUUGAACCCUUAUCUUGAUGUAUGUUUGUCAAGAGCUUCCAGUCUUGUGCCAAUUAGCCAAUCGUCUAAUUCUGUCAGUAAUAAUGAAUUAAGAAAUCAAGGCGGUAGUUUACCAAGUGUCAAUAAUACCUCAGUAUUAAAUAUUCCCCAAUCGAUAGAAACAGGAAAUGAUUGUACUAAAAACGGGAAAACUACGAAAAAAUUUAUGUUUACAAAACGUACUGUCAUGCACACAGAUCUCAACUCUGAUCUUCUCAUUGUCCUUCUUGCAAUUAAUGAUUUGAUUAUCUGUGUUAUUGAUAUACCGACAACAAUCUUUCUAAUUGUAUGGGAAACUAGAACAUUUGAUUUUAUUUGUAGACUACAUGUGAUUUUAAAAUCAUUUACUUUAACUGUUUCUGCAUUGUUUUUGGUUAUAAUUGCAUUGGACCGUUGGUUGUUAGUUUGUUUUAUACCAUGUGUUGUAAUGACAAAAAAGUGUAUGAAGAGACUAAUCGUUGGAACAUAUAUCUUGGGAUUAUUAUGGGCAAUACCAAUGGGAUUACAUCAAGGUGUACACACUUAUUUUAAAAUUAGUACAGUUGAUAAACUUGUAUCCAAUGAUUCAGAAGCUAUUUUCAUGUUUCAUGAAUCAAAUAGUUUAUUUAAAUCUAACCAAACAGAAUUGAAUGAUAGUAUUUCCAACAACUCAUUAAUGUCGUCAGGAAAUUCAUCAUUGGCUUAUUUUACAUCACAGUUUAUCGAUUUAAUAACGUCAUUUACAAAUUAUGGUUAUUGUAAAUCUGAUGAACGUUUUAUAUCACAAAGUGAUUAUGAAAUUUAUCAACUGUCUAUAUUAAUUUUAUUCAGUCUUAUUUUCACUUGCAUCUGUAUCUUUUACGGUUACUUAUUUUUAUUCAUUAUAAUACAUCAAUAUCGUUGGAGAACAAAAUUUGGACCUAAAAUAAAAGUAAUUGAACCAAUAAAUACACCAUUAACUUCUCCAAAACAUGAUGUUCUGAUUAAUAAACCAAUCAAACAAUCUUAUUUUAAUUGUUUUCAUCAUAAUAACAGACCAAGAUUUUUGAGUUUACAAAUAAAUCAAACAAAUUUAAAUAAUAAACAAAAUCAAAAUAGAUUUAUUCUUAGUUAUAGUGAUUCAAUAAUACAAAUUAAUUCAAAGUCUAUAAAUCAUAAUCACUUAAAAUCAAUAAAAAAACAAAAUGAAAUUAAUCAAUCUAAACAAAUUAUAACAAUUCAAACUAAUAAUCAAUUAAAAUAUAAAUCAAUAAAAAAAAAUUUAUUUAAUUUAUAUAAAAAAACUAAUCGUAUAAAAUUAACAAAUCAUCGUCAUAUAAGAAGUGCAAUUACAUUUAUAUUAAUUACAGUUAGUUUUAUUAUAUCAUAUUUACCAAGUUUAUUAAUUGCUAAUAGAUUUAUAUGGCCUAUAAAUUGGGAAUUAUCAAUGGAAACAACAAAUCAAUUACAUUUUAAAUAUAAUUAUAAUAUAAUAAAUAAAACAAAUUUAUUAUUAUAUAAUAAUUCAAUUAUUACUGAAAUAAAUUUAAAUAAUCAUUAUUAUAAUAAUAAUCAAUUAUAUAAUAUAACAAAUAAUAAUUUAUUUAUUCAUAAUUCAAAUGAAAUAUUAAAAAUUAAAAUUAAAUAUCAUUUAAGAAAAUUUUUUCAUUUUUUAUAUUUUAUUAAUUCUGCUGCUAAUCCAUUAAUUUAUUUCUUUUUUAAUUUAAAAUUUCGUUUACAAUUAAAAUAUUUAAUAAAUUGUUAUAAUACAUGUUUUAAUACAUCAAAAUUUAUUUAAAUGUUUACUAUAUCUUUAAUUUAUGUAUUGUAAUAUACAACAAUAUAGGUGAGUUUUGUUCUCUUAGCUGGAUGAUUUGGUUGUGGAGUUAUCUAUCUGAAAUCUGUGCUGAUAAUGUCGUUUAGAAGAAAGACGAAAGAUUUACAACCAAAUCAUUCGGCUCAAAGAACGAAAACUUCAUAAAAAUCAUCCACCUAAGCUACAAAUCUUCUCCACCAUCUCAAAAUUAAUUACUUUAUUUGUAAAUUAUCUAUUAAUUGUUCUUAACAUUCUGUAUUAUUUUAUUUUUCAAUUCAUAAUUGCUUUUCACUACCAUUUCUGUUUUUUUCUUCAACUUGGUCUUCUUAACCUUCUACUUUCAAACAUUCCACUUGGAAUUGAUGUUAUAUAGUAUUUGAAUCGAAAGAUAAAGUAACAUACACACCAUAAUACUAUUAGUUGAUACAUUCAUUGUUGGUAAAUAUUAUGACUACAUGUAAUACGAAUAAAACAUUAAUAACCAAUUAUAUGAAGAUAAUUAAGGUAAUAUUGUUGUAUUAGUUUUUCCUUACGUAUUGAUUUCAGUUAUUUAAUCAAAUGAUUAUUCAAUAUUUUUAAAAAAGACAAAUCAAUAAAUGGAUAAAUGUAUAUGGUUAUUGACUUUCGUUCAUUUAAAAUAUAUUAUAUGCAAAUAGUCUAAUACUAGUAUAUUAUCUAUACAUGAUAUUAAUGUAGCAACUGUUAGCUGUGUAAAAUGUAUGGAAUAAGAAAAAUUACAUUAUGUCUAUUUGAAAUGUAUUUUUCUGCAUACUAAAAAAAUGUUGAUAAGUUAGUUUAUGUAUUGAAAUUUUUAUUUUACAUAGGUAACGAUAAUGGAUAUUUUGUGUAUUUUCAAAGAUUUUAUGAUUUCAUUUAUUAAGCCUUGUCAUUUAUGAUUAUGAUGAUAUUGUUAUAAUAGAAUGAAAAGAUUGUUUUGUUUAAAGUUUAUUUUUUACAUUUACUUGUAAAAUAGUUUAGUGUUCAAAUAUUAUAGAAUUCUCUAGUUGUAAAAAAUGAUUUGUUAUUUAAAUAUGAUAUGAACUAUUCAUGAUUUAAUAUAAUUUAUUUCGUGCUAAUGUGUGUAUAAAAGUACGAUUAUCUUCAUAUAAUUAAUACAAUAAAUUAUUGUUAUUUAUUUGUGGUAAAUGUUGUCGUUAACAACAUUCAACAUAGGAACAGUUGGAGAAAAAAAAUGAUCAAAAUCAAUGAAUGCUUGUACUUCAGAUAAAUUUACUAUUCUUUCUGACAUUUUUUUCAUACAUUGAAAGAACAGUUCUAGCCUUUUAUCAAAUCAAUUAAUCAGUUGGUAAAUCUAAUAUAUG